AUGUCAGCUUUUCGUCAUCUCACUUUAGUGAAAAAACACCUCCGCCACGAAAAGGUAAUGAGUAGGACUUCCUCAGCAGAGGCUAUUCGAGACACUUUGUCGUAUGGGAAAACACUGGUCAAAUGCUGUGAUCUGUCACAGUUGUGGUAUCGUGAAUUCUUCCUGGAAAUUACCAAUGGUGCGUGUAUUCAAUUCCCCAUUGAAAUGAGCCUACCGUGGAUUUUUACCGACCAUAUCCUGGAGACCGAACAUCCUGGUUUCAUUGAAUACACUCUCUAUCCGCUAGACUUGUACAACGAUGCAGCUGAUUGUGCACUGAAUAGGUUCAGACGACGUUUUCUAUAUGAGGAAAUCGAGGCAGAAGCCAAUCUCGUGUUCGAUCAACUGGUCUACAAACUCAGCGAUCAGGUGUUCCGACAUUACAAACGGUAUGCAGCAUCGAUCUUGCUAGACAAACGUUUCCGAGCCGAGGCACAACGUGCUCAUUGGCGGGAAGCCUAUCCACCACCGAACCGAUAUGCCGCAGCGCUAUUGCGUCAACGUCACGUGCAACUACUCGGUCGUACCGUGGACAUCAGUCGAUUGAUUUCGCAACGCAUGAACACUUCCAUUUUCAAAUCAUUAGAGGUUGCAAUUGCUCGCUUCCAAAGCUCAGAUCUGACUGGGAUCAUGGAGUUGGAAGCAAUCAUAGAUUGCAAUCGAUUAUGUCAUCGCAUGCUGUCCGAACAUCUGGAUUUGGAUAACUUUGAUGCAUUACUGCGCGAGGCCAACAACUUGGUCACUUCACCACUAGGAAAGAUUACUGUGCACGUAUUCUGGGAGUUGACCUAUGAUCUAGUCAAAAAUUAUUGUUACAACGAUGCCACAAAUCGUUUUGUACGCACAAAAUUCACUCUAACCGAAGUGUUAGAACGGGAAAAACCGCCAGCUGUGGAGCCUCAUUAUUUGUGGGGUAGCCGUUCCUUGAACACGUGCUAUGAGACUAUCUUCCGAUUGUAUCGCGGAUUUGUUGGCUCUCCUCAUUUCGGCGCAAUAUGUCGAUUGUUGGGCUACAAAGGACUGUACAUUGUCAUCACGGAAGUGAUGAAAGUAGCUCAGUCAUUGCUGAAUCAAACACUCCGGGACUAUGUCCGUCGUCUGGUCAGGGCCAUGCCACAGACACUGAAAAUGCCAUCUACUGCCAAAGGGUCAGAUGCC